UCUGAUCUGACCAAGACUUCUCUUAUGAUGGGUUGGAAUCAGGGAAAUAAAUGAAUAAAAUAAAAUCAUAAACGGGUUAGUUAACUAAGUUUUUCCUUACUUUUUAAAAGAAAAAUCAUAGUCAUUGACUCAUUGUAUCUAAGUCUUCCUUCAAAUGGCAUCAGUGCAUCACCAUCACUUCCGCGCCCAAAGUUUUGGCUUCUUUCUCAGCAAAUAUUACCAGCUUCCACUUUUCUUCGUCUCAUGUACCCAUCUCAUCAAUAACAAUGCCUGCUUACAAACCUCACCACCACUUCUUCUUCCUCCCCAUCCUUUUUCCGAUCCUCGUCCUUGUCUCCACCGUCCAUUCCCGGCCCAUCUCCACGGCUCAGCCCUCCGACCUGAUUUCCGAUGGGGUCCACUACUCCCUCCGGAGCCCGCCUUACAUCCUCCUCGAUCCGUUCUCUUCUGAGGAAUCCUGUGAGCAGACCUAUGGCUUUAUGCCCUGUACCUCCACUGCGCUUGGUAACGUGUUUUUGAUAAUUGUGUAUGGAUACCUCAUGUUCUUAGCUGCUACCUACUUGUCUACUGGUAGCGAGCUAUUGCUUGAGAUUUUGGGCCCUGGAAUAGUUGGUGGCUUGUUUCUUCCUUUGCUUGGCGCUGUUCCUGAUGCAAUGCUUAUUCUUGCAUCUGGACUUUCUGGGAGUACAGCAACAGCUAAAAGCCAGGUCUCUGUGGGAAUGGGCUUGCUGGCUGGGUCAACCAUCAUGAUACUUACUGUUAUUUGGGGAUCCAGCAUUGUUGUUGGCAAAUGUGACCUUCGAGAGACAGAUUCUGUUGCGAUAAAUAGACAGAUCACAAAGGGAUUCAGCUUAACUGGCACCGGCGUUAGCACUGAUGUUUGGACUUGUUAUGCUGCGAGGAUAAUGGUUAUAUCUCUUUUCCCAUUUGUUAUCGUUCAAUUUCCAGAACUCCUCAACUCCACUUCAGGAAGGCACUUGGCAGUCUUGAUUGCACUUAUUAUAUCAUUAUUAAUGUUGAUUUCUUAUUGCCUUUAUCAGGUUUUUCAGCCAUGGAUCCAAAGGAGACGACUUGCGUAUGCAAAGCACAAACAUGUGAUAGCAGGAAUUUUGAAGCAUUUAAGAGAACGUUCUAUGGGAAGGUUCCUGACUGAUGAUGGUCAACCUAACAGAGAUGUAAUUGAAAAGUUUUUUUAUGCUAUUGAUGAGAAUAAGGAUGAAAAACUCUCAGCUUCUGAAUUGAAAGCGCUGGUCUUAGGAAUUCGGCUUGAAGACAUUGAUGACUUGGAUAGGGAUGAUGCUGUGGAUAAAAUAAUGAAAGGUUUUGAUACAUCUCUUGAUAAUUCUGUUGAUCUUGAUGAGUUCAUCCAUGGUAUCUCGAAAUGGAUUGAAAAGGCAAAGCGUUCUGUGGCAGCCAUAACCGACUCUGGCUCUCGCUCUCAGGCAUUUAAAUUUAUAAAUGAUUUUCAUGCGAAAACAAAGAGAGAACAUGCUCUUUUGGGGCCUGAGGAUCGAGUCGACGAUCAAAGUGAUGAGAACGUAGAGGGUGUUGAAAACCCCAGAUGGAUCUACACCAAAGCAGUAUCGUUGUUGUUAUUGGGAACCAUUAUUGCCGCUGUAUUUGCAGAUCCUCUGGUGGAUGCUGUUAACAAUUUUUCUGUUGCAACAAGUAUUCCUAGUUUCUUUAUCUCUUUUAUUGCACUCCCCUUGGCCAACUCUAGUGACGCUGUGUCAGCAAUCACCUUUGCUAGCAGGAAGACAGUCAGAACUGCUUCCUUAACAUUUUCUCAGCUAUAUGGAGCAGUAACCAUGAAUAAUCUCCUUUGUCUAUCGGUAUUCAUGGCGAUUGUUUAUGUCAGGGGGUUGACAUGGGACUUUUCAUCUGAAGUACUGGUUAUUUUUGUUGUGUGCAUUGUGAUGGGUUCUUUUGCCAGCUUCCGCACUACAUUCCCUCUGUGGACUGCUUCAGUGGCUUACCUCCUCUAUCCCUUCUCACUGGCACUGGUAUAUGUUCUUGUAUAUAUUUUGGGUUGGUCAUAGGCUCAUGAAAGUUUAAAGUUUUGUGUGUUGGUACUCUGAUGAUGUUGGAUGAUUCCUGCUUGAUAUUUUGUAUGUAGAAUUAAUCAAACUAGACAUUUACUCGCCUUUUGCGCGGGUAUUUUUAGUUUCUGAAAUUAUUAAUAGAACAAAUAAUGAGAAUAUAAUAUCAGAAAGUUAAAAGUAAAUUAAAAUAUAGAAAAAAAAAUGUGCUAAAUUAAAUAGCUAUUCCUCAACAUCCAAUGGAAAAUUGCUAUCAGGACAUUUCUGCAUUAUUUUUUAAUGUCCUUGAUCCAUUGUCGCAGCACUCUCAACUGCCAGAAUUGCACUUC